AUGCUCAAAUCAACUAUCACCUUACUUCUUACGUCUGUGUUGCUAUCAAACGCCAUCGAUUGUUCUGUCAAGGACCUCCAGCCUUACAAUUUCGAAAGCAUCAAAGGAACUCACUCAUUCUCAACAAUUAAAAACACGCCUCCCACAAGAACUAACAUCACUUGGACCUUUGGUAUAUGUGAGUCUAUAUCCAAUGAUAAGAAAAACGAUUUGCAAAAGUGUCCACAAAACUCCGAUAUCUGUGGAAUCACAUCGAUCUUACGCGAUAACGAAGAACCGAUCGUAUCUGAAGUUAUCGGUUUCAACUCAAAUCUUCAAAAGAGCUACGAUCCAUUGGGUGAUAAGGGCGAUGGUGGGAUUAAAAUCACUUACUCAGGAGUCAACUGGGGUGAUUCUUUACUUGAUGCUGAACUAAGCUUUGUCUGUGAUAAGUCGAUAAAGGAGAAUCACAAAUUCGGAUUGGAUAGCUGGAACGGUGAAGUUUUGAAAAUUUCAAUGAGGUCAAAAGCUGCUUGUAUUACCAGUGAUAAUGACAAGAAAAAAAACAAUGAUAAUGGCAACUCAGACAAGAAGAAGGAUAACGGUGAGUCAUGGGGCUGGUUCACCUGGAUAUUCAUCUUUUUGGUGUUAUUCUUGAGCAUCUACAUUAUUGGAGGUGCUUGGUUCCAGUACAACAAAGGCAAUGCCAUUGAUUUCCAAAGUGCACUCAAGGAGGUUCUUGAAAACUUCUUUACAUUAUUGCAAAGCUUGCCUGGAUUUAUUAGAGAGAUCCUUGAGAAGGUUGUCGGCAGGGGUAAUAACAGGGGCGAGUAUAGUGCUGUAUAA